AUGGACUUUGGAGACACCACCAACACCUUCACCCUCACCACCCCCACCAAAGAGGAAACAACCACUAACAACAUUCUUUGCUACUCCUCAUGGCUACAACCUACUCCUAAUUCUACCCACACCACCACGCCGCCGCCGGACACCUACGCCGCCGGAGAAGGGUCUCACGUGCACUGGGACCCUCACCUCACGUGCUUGCAUCUUGGUAAGAGACAUUACUUUGAGGAUGUUACUGAUGACGAUGUUUAUAAUAAUGUUAUUACACUUGGAAACAGACACGUGUACGGCGGCGAUGGCGGUUCCGGUUACUUUUCAGAGGGUAACGAUAAGAGAGCGCGGGGUGGUCAUGGAGGAGCUGGCGGUGGCGGGAGCGUGAAAACGGCGGCGUUUGCGGUGGUUCCGAGGUGUCAGGUGGAGGGGUGCCACGUGGCGUUGGUGAACGCGAAAGAGUACCACAGGAGGCACAGAGUUUGUGAUAUGCAUUCGAAGGCACCCAAAGUUGUGGUGUUGGGUUUGGAGCAGAGAUUCUGUCAGCAGUGUAGCAGGUUUCAUGUGGUGUCGGAGUUUGACGAGACAAAGAGAAGUUGCCGGAGAAGAUUAGCGGGGCAUAACGAGAGAAGAAGAAAAAGCUCUCACCUUUCUGUUACCAGAAGUUGUAGACAAGGGUGUGGUCUCUCUCUUGUGUCAUUUGGGAGCAGUGAUGAUUGGUGUUCUAAUCAUCAUUCUGAUGAUCUCUCCACAAGAUGCAGUGCAGCACUGCGUGAACUCAUAGCAGAAAACCGUGCUGCCCUAAUCACCAGACAACAACAUGUUUAUGUUGUGCCCCACCAUGAAGAAGAAGAACAAGGGUUUGUGGAGAUGCUACAACCUGAGUCCAAUUAUUUUCCUCAACACAUGUUUUCUCAGACACAACAAUAAUGGUUCUGUUCUGAUAUUGCUGGUGCUGCAUGGAGACGCCUUGUUUGCCAAAAAUAAGAACUUGUUUCUCCAUGGUGGGAUUCUAGAG